AUGAUCAGGCGAGCUAGGCUAGAGAGAAAAGGCUGCGCUGCAAGCGCACUUCUUCAGCCAACCAGCGGCAGAAGUCAACGAACGCGGGCAUUUUGCCUUGCCUUGCUUUGCUGCUCCUCAACCGCAAUUGGAGUGCUGCUACGCACAUCGCAUUUCGAAGGGUCUUCUCGUCGCCAUCUUCCGCUUCGGUUUCACGCCAUCCAACCUCUCAACCACAACAAGCCAUCGCUACUCCAAACGGUCGAUCGCAGACGGGUCCUCCAGCCGCUUUCAUCGUUCUGGCUUGGUCAUGCAAAGACCGGCCUCCGCGAAUCAACGGCAAAACCAUCAGCUUCCAGCUUUCGCGAACAGGCUUCCUCAGCAUACAAACGACUCAGCACCACCGUCUUCCGCACCCGGUCCGGGUAUUGCCGCAAACGCAGCCAUGUAUCCAUACCUCCAAGGUGGGCCGCGUAUGAUGGGUUCAUUCCCAGUGGCGCACCGCUGCGCAGUUUCGCUAGCCAGGACGACUUUCCAGCCCUCAAUCAGACCGGCUCGGCAGAAGGUCGCACCGGUGAAGAUGGAUUCCCACAUGGUGUGGCAGAACAGGUCUCGGCAGCAGCAGCUCUUCAACACCAACAUCAGCAACGCGAACAGCAUCGACAAAGUUUGUUGGGGUCUGUAGUGGGUGGAGCACGAACCGAUGCUUCCUUGUCAGCAGCGAGGGGCGGGUUCGGCGAGCCCGACCGCAACUAUGCGACCAAGCUCGGAGCGGGGCCUCCUGGACCUGGGUUGGGUGUGCAGCAGCAGACAUGGGCACCACCAGGCUCGCUCUUUGGCGGCAAUAAUGGAGGAUCAGCACCGAAUCAGCUCAAUGGCCUCAACCGCUCUUCUUCGCCAUCUUCAGCACGAUCGCCGCUCUCCAGCGUCCGUAAUGCGGCUGGAAACCUGGGUGCAUCUUCACCAUUGACCGACAAUGCUUCGACUCGAGCCGAUUCGGUCUCGCUGGGUCAGACCGGUGCUAUGGCCCAAACACCUGCGCAGCAGAUCCUCACUUCGCCAGCGGAUCGUUUCGGAUUGCUCGGAUUGCUGAGCUUGAUCAAGUCGUCGGAUCCGGAUCUCUCGAUGCUCUCGAUGGGCGUGGACUUGCAAACGUUUGGCUUGAACCUCAAUCAGUCGGAUCCAUUGCAUCCGUCUUUCAUCACGCCGUGGUCGGAAAACAACAUGCUCGCAUCUUCACGAAUCGAGCCCGAGUUCACACUGCCUUCGUGCUACAACGUUCAACCGCCACCGCCUGCUCAGAGCAAGAUUGCGUCGUUUUCGGACGAGACGCUCUUCUUCAUCUUCUACUCGACACCGCGCGACGUGCUGCAGGAGGUAGCGGCGCAGGAGCUGUACGCGCGCAACUGGAGGUAUCACAAGGAGCUGCACGUGUGGUUGACCAAGGAGCAGGGUACGGAGCCUACGCAGAAGACUCCUACGUACGAGAGGGGCACCUACGUGUUCUUCGACCCGACUGUGUGGGAGAAGGUGUCGAAGAACUUCCAUCUGAUGUACGAGAUGUUGGAGGAGAAGGUGCCGAGUCAGGCACAGGCGUUGGCGGCGCAAGCGGCGGCUCAGCAGGCGCAGGCGGUAGCCGCGGCCCAGCAACAGCAACAGCAGCAGCAGAGGCCGCCCAGUGGUCAGCAAGCUCACGACGAGAGCGCAUCGCAACAGGGCCAGCAGUCGUAG